AUGGCGUUUGACUUCCUCGCGAAGCCCCUACUACAUAUCCUGCUCUUGACCAUUGUCUUAUUGAUUGUGGUGAACGCAUUUGUCAAUGCUUUGCUCACAAUUCAUGGACCGCUAGUCGGAUCGACCAAAAUCUUUGUUGGCCUACCUUGGAUGAACAAAAUAUACUUCACCACCCUGUCCUCUCAAAAUUAUAGUUUUCGAGUGGAAAGCAUCCAGAUCAAUUUUUGUCGGGGCCUGGUUAUCCACCUGAAUAACGUGCAUUGUUGCAUUGAUGCUGAACUAUUCACGACGGUACCCGCUGGCAAAAGAACCGAGAAAUCUUGGUCGAUUAUCAAUCCCCCCGUAGGGACGGUGUUGCGAAAGCUGAGGCUUAAUAAGGUUAAGAUCCACAAUUUAAGAAUAAAAUCCUCAACCUCAAACAAGAGUAUAAAAUGCGAGCUUCUCGAAGUUGUGGUUGUGUAUGAAGCCAAACAUUUGAACAUCGACGUAUCAGCGUCGCGCUUAAGGGAAGACACAAAAGUGUUUUCAAUUAGAUCGCUAGAUUAUGAACUCCAUUUAGAGCUGAAUAAAUCAAGUUCUGGGCAAAGUUUGUUUUUCUGGGACAUUGAGAGUCACAGUCACGUACUUGAGUUUCGAGGGCUCAAAGCAUAUGCUGGUGAUACUGCUGAGAGGCCUCAUCCCCGCCUUAACCUCAAAAACUUCACUAGUCUUCACUUAAAUGAAGGUUUAAAGGGAUUUGUAACCAGAAUGAACAGUUUUGUUUUGCGCUUUGAUCAGGUGUCGGUCACUUUUAAUGAGAAUAUCUCAGUAAUUUCUUCUAAUGUCUUCCUGUCUUGCCAAUUGAUCCCCCCAUGGGAUCAUGAGAUUCACAGCAAAAUUUCGGCCGAUUUAGACACGAAUCUAAUGCAAAAAGUGACUGUUUCCGUUAAUUCAACAGUAUGUCGGAAUGAGCAGGAUAUAUUUUUGCACUUGCCGUCGGUCACUCUGACUUCAGUGACCAGCUUGGCGUUCAUGUCCUCUUCCUCACGACUCUCACAUCUAAGUUCAGCUGUCACGCUGGCUAUUGUCGACCCUCUGGUUAAUUUGACCCAAAGUCAACUUCAUGCGCUUUGGUACUGGUACUCAAAUAAACAUGAUGAAAUGUACCAACGGUCUUGUUCAAAUGGCAGUGAGGCUCUGGACCCACACAUUUUCGUAUCAUUUGUUGCUAAAGCCAUCAUUUCCAAUUUCACUCUUAAUCUCCAGUUAGAACCAAAUGAAAAGUUUUUGAUACGUGUUGCAAAUGUUCACCUUUCUGGAAGAAGUCACACUAACAAUGAGAUAACAUCAGCCAGCCGAGAUUCUACCAGAAAAAUAUUGAAAAAUGCCCGAGAUUCUGUCGACGAUUUUCUCAAGAUUGAUAAAUUCGUCCUCACGUACUCUUGCGAUAACCAAAAUGCUUCCAAACUGCACGAAGUCCCCGUGCUGGUAUUUACUAAGUGGGAGUUUUUUACUGAACACCUCUUCUCCUCUGAAAAUGAGUUUACAAGCACAUUGCGGAACCUCAGAAUAUCGUUAGAGCACUUGGAGGUAUUAAACAGUUUUCAUAGACUCAUGACUGCAUUGGAGGCUAUACUUAAGUUACGGAGUAACAAAAUUCGCAAAAUGGCUCCGGCUACAUUUUCCUUAAAGUUAAGAUUGAAAAAUGCCUCUGCUACCAUCUCCACCGUUCAACGCUCCAGGUACCUGAGUGCUUUGGGAAACGCUUCUCCUCAACUAACAGAGUUUGCUCGCGGGGCGAGUAUGGAUUUGACGGAGGCCUUUUUUGUCGUCAGCGGUGGGAAGAAGAGACUUGACAUUGUCCACGGCUCACUAACUAGAAUUUUUGAGGACAGCUGCGCCGUAACGGCUUUUGACCAAAUUGUAUGCUUAGAGAAUUUUGUGUUAGAAAUCUCGGAUAGAGGGUAUUUUUGUCGUAUGCCUGCUUGUAAAUUAAGCAUGGAUGUAUACACUAUUUGGCUCUUUUUCUACAUGAGAGACAUCGCAAUGCAGUUACUCUGUUCAGAUGAAUCGACUGUACCUAUGUCACCUCAAGAGAGUUUCAGUUCUUUAGUGUUAACUCAGACGCUGAAGAACUGUAAUUUCGAAAUUGAUUCUCUUCUCUUUGAAGUCGACCUGCCUCAUUGUACUAAACUGCUUUUCACGUUGAAACUGGCCGCAUUCAAUGGCAAUUCAAUGAACUUGUCGGCUGGUAUCACGAAAGCUUUCACAAAAUCUGUAUAUGGGUCAGAUGAUGUUCUCGUCCCUAUUCUUUCUCUAGACAACCUUUCCACCAACCUGAUGUACAAUCAACAAAACAAUGUUUUGAAGUUGCACACGGAUUCGAUUUGGGCAAGCUUUGAAUAUCAUUUGAGGCUCUACAUGAUCUUCGAUAACCUUUGCUCCAUGGUAAAAUGUUACAAACUAUUCAGCUCGUCGUUUGAGAAUCUUGCUUCCUUCCAAAUCCCAGAACCAAUCAUUGAAGAGCCUAGUCUGAUGUAUCCGGUAGAUAUUAGUACGGAUUCCGUUCUUUUGAACGUUGAAGAAGAUCUCUUCGAGCAGGAACUGGGUCUUAUAUUUAAAGUUGGCGUAUCAGAGCAGCAGGAACGGAUGGAGAAACUCCGAAUUUUUGAAGAGGAGCUCAAUUCCUCUUCCGCAAGCCCCUUGAGCAAUAAAGGCUCAAAAUUGCAUACGCUAUUUGAACACUUCUCGACGUCAUGGAUCAAUCGAAUUAAGAAGGCUCGACUAUUAUUUUUUGAGAAACCAUUUGUCAGAGUUAAAGCCCAUAAUAUUGGCUCUGCCUCGUUCAAAGUUCGGGAAGGGUUGAAUAAUACAAUACUAAAGUUUAAAGUGGAAAAUAUGAGUAUUCGAUUGCGACCACCUUCAUUCUCGCUGGACAAUUGUUAUUCAUUUCUUAACAAGCACGGUAAAGGAAUUCCGCGCACUACCAAAUUUACGACCUUGAUUCCGCUGAGUAUUGAGCUACUAGGAGAUUCUCUUCAAAUUAUCCUCAGAGAUUAUCCUCUGCCUAUCGUAUUUUUACCGACGUUGAAGCUUUCCGGAGACCUCAUUUUUGCAGAGAGGAUGCCACUCGCUUCGUCAAAAAGAUAUGUUCAUAUACCUUUCGUCCCUGCAGCAGCUACUGAACCCCACUCAAACACUGAUUCAAUUUUCGGAUCACGUAUAAUAAGGACGCUUAACCCACUGAAAGUUUACAUGAACUUGAAGAUUGAGGUGGAGUCUACUAUGCCUACUACCAUCACUUGGGGAAAAUCUCUGCAACCUGGGUGCCAAGCGGUCAUGAUCUGGUUCGAUUAUUUGACAAAGCCUCCAUUAGACCCCUCUCCAAAGCUGGGAUUCUGGGACAAGUUCCGCCUUUUAGUACAUGGUAAAUUGAUUUUUGAAUGGAAAGGAAGCAGCGAACUACAUCUAAAUAUAAAGGGCUCACAUAAUCCUUACUUAAUCACGGAUAAAGGUGCUGGCUUGUCGUUUUGUUGGAAAGGAAACGCUAGGCUAGCUGUGCACGAAGACUCUGAUCCCAUAGAGUUUCUCAAAAUCAAAUCAGAGCAGUUUCUGUUAGCAAUCAGAGAUUUCACUCAUCCUCGGCGGCUUGAAAAGGCAAUAAUGAAGUUAAGCGGCAACGUAACCUGGUGUAUGGGGUUUACAUUCGAGUCCGGAAACUUGAAGGAGCCGGGAUCAACGAGGCGCAGCUCUAGUUUCAAGCCUCAUUACAGGGUAAAUUUAUGCAAUCCAGAGUUUUUGGACCCCGACUCGUCUCAUGAUUCCUAUGAUGGAUUUAGAAGUGACUUUAUACAUCUAUUUUUUCGUGUUGUGAGUGAGACUGGCGAGAAAUACUCAAAUAAGGUAUACCUCGCACCUCAUUGCAUGACUCACUUUUUUAGUUGGUGGAAUUUAUUCAGUACUUACACGUCGGGCCCCAUUCGGCAAGGCUCAUUGUUCCCAGAUUUAGUCCAAAAUCCUAAAAAAUUCUCGAAAGCCCUUUUCACUGUUAAGUACGAAGUUAGGCUGGCGCCUCUCGUCGUAUCCCAUACGUAUAGGCACGUUGACUCGCACUUAAUCGAUCGAAAGAAUGAUGGAAUUGCAUUUACAACUAUGAAAGGAAAAUUUGACAGUUUAAGGUUAGAUUUACAUCAAAAACGGGUUAAAAUGACGCAUCUUGAUAAUAAACUCAAAAGGUCAAGAACCGUAUGGAAGUUCAAAAUGAAUGCUGGCGAAGUCGACUGCGUUGGGGCUGAUUUCAGGUUGGCUUAUUCCAUGUUUAAGUGGAACGUAACGCCAAAUAUCCCCCAGCACCAGGUUCCUCACAGUACCAGUGGAGAUUACCGUAACAAUGGUCAGUCAUCUGUGGAGUGGUUUGAUAUAGAGGACUACAGUGACGUUAACCAGGCAAUGUACAUCGAUACAGAACCGCUCGAGUUUGAAGAUUCUCCUCUUCUUUUUUCUCCACGAAUUUCUUAUAUGAGGGAUACCGGCGAGGGAGCCCCACUUGAAUUUCCGUUUGGCCUGGAAGAGGAUCAUAACUGCUCUAUUGGUAAUAUCGAUCCCAUGGCCACUCAAGAAUACCUGGCGAGGGAAAGAGCCCAUGAACUUGAAUCGCAGCUAUCCGCGCUCGAGACUUUAAUCAAUCAAUUAGAUUGUAACGAUGAUGGCGCCGAUGAACUGAGGCAAAGGAGGCUCGAUAUUUUCGAGACCCAACUGGAGGACUUCAGGCAUAGAUUGCGUAUAAUUCACAAAGUUUUGGAAUAUUUGAGACUCGCAAAGCUGCCUUCCAACUCUUUGGUUUCUGACGAUAUUGAGAGCAACUUGCCCGAUACGUUAGACACUGGGGCUCAAGAGAUCAGUGAAUUUUUAACAAAUUCAUCAUUUACUACAAUGGGUCGUACUACUAGCGCCUUUGAAAAGUCGUCUUUUGACAACAAAUUCAUUUUCCACAAUAUCUUGCUCAAGGUCAAUAGCCGUACGAGAGACCUGUUGCUAGACUACACUUUCAAUGUGCUCAAUAGGAGAAAAUCAACUUUUUUUCAGACCUACAAGGCAGUCGCUCUAUUAGAUGAACUACUCAAAGUCAAAAUCUGGACCCUGCCGUCCGCUGACCUCAAGGCACAAAGCUCUUUCGUAGCCGAAGACAGUCUGUCAAAUGCAGACCUCAUGGACUAUCUCGAUGAAAUCAUUAGGGAAGUUGCAGGAAGUAACCUAAAAGCUUUUGAUACCUAUCAAAUAAAGCUCGUGUCUCCUCAGAUCCAAAUCACUUCCAAGGAAGUGCCCCGUAAAUGUAUUUUAGUUACGGCCAAUGAAAUCGAGACAUCAGUGAUUGGUAUAAACCAAAUGGCCCAGCUUUCUAACCAGAGUGUUCCUCUUGAUGUCAAUAGCCUAGUGGAGACGAGAUACGCUACGAAGCUGAGAGAUGCCCAUUUUUUCAUUUUUGAUAGAGAAAUGACGUCCUCAGAUAAUGGUCUUGGCUUCCAAACUGGGGGCUAUGGAACUGAUCCGUUUUCAAGUUAUUGGCCACCAUGGCUCCCUAUGGAAAUGUGCUACAAUCGCGAGUCGCUGAAAGAUUGUUUGUUCUUAACGCGAAAUGAUAUGACGUUACACUUUACUCAACCUAACUCGCUUUUUUUCCAAGACAAGGCAAAGAGUAUUCAAAGGAGUGAAACAAAAGUAAGAGUUGGUUUUCCUAACCUGACCUUGGCAUGUAAUCCUAAUCAAUACUCUUCUAUUUACGCCAUCGCGACUGAGCUUCUCCAUUUCGCAUCUAGUUUCGAUAAGAAAGCUGACAAGCUGUCAAAGGUCCUACUUGCUGAGGAAGUUAGAAAUAGUCUCGACGAGUUAGAUGGUUCAAUGAUUGUUAACAUACAGAACUGCAUUAAAAAUUUACACCGCAGCCGAUCGUACUUGAGGUUACACGAUGCUGAGAAAUAUCAAGAGGUCGCACAAAGGAUUGCGUUAGAACUAGAUGCAGCCGUCCUAGAGCUCAACGUUCUUAUGAGCGCGAUAAAGAAUAACUACGAUAAGUACAGAGCUUCUGAUAAACAAAACAGCUCUCAAGGCACCAUAUACUGGCAAAUUGGAGCCGAUAAAGUGACAUGGAAACUGUUAGACAGUAAGGACGAAGAUUUUGUGCUCUUCGAACUAGGUUCAACCAGUUUUCUUAGAUCACAAUCACUAGAGGGAACCAACAGCAACAAAUUGACAAUUUCUUCGCUAAAGUGUAUUAAUUUGCAAGAAAGAGCGGUCUACCGAGAUUUGCUGUCUUCUUAUGAUGAGAGUAUGAGCUCCAUGAAACCACUUAUCGAACUGAAAUGGACCAUGGGCCCUCCCAUUGGAGGAAUAUCAGAUGUUAUCGAGCUCAUCGUCUUGCUUGAACCUUUCACGUUCAAGAUGGAUCACGUCACUCUGGACACACUUUUCAAAUAUUUCUUACCUGCUAGGAUAAACAACGUUGAUUCCACUGCUGUCUACCCUGAUCGAACGUAUUCUUUCUCCAAUGAUACCGGAGAGGGUUCUGUGAUUCUGGGCCUGAACCGGAGACUUCCGGACACUGCCUCUUUGAAGUCAGUUUCACCUUUACCGAACUCGCGAGGGUCGCCGUCAGUGUCUCCUUUGCCAACGCCUACACUAUUCCGAAAAGUUGGGGAAGGGAUGAACGAAAUGGUUGAUAGAUCAUCCAGAUAUUUUAGUGUGAGGUCAGCCACCAUUCGAAAGGUGACAGUCACAAUAAGCUACAAGGGAUCUCGUAGCUUGCUGACAAACGUUAGUGGAUUAACGGUUAAAGUACCCACCUUGAAAUACAAAAAUAGACUAUGGUCAAGGGAAGAAUUUGUUGCUACCUUGAAAAAGGAUUUUGUGAAAGUAGUUUUGCAGCACACAGGUAACAUAAUUGGCAAUAAGCUAGUUCGUCAUAAAAGCGAACAAAAUGUUCAUAGCUUUGAAAGUCCACAGUCCUCGCGAUUUCCAGCACACAUAAUCACACAUGGCCCACACGGCCCCUCAUCAUUACGCAAAGAAACCUCACUAGGAGAAUACCAGUCAAUUUCUACUGAAGCUGGCGUGGCUCCAUUUUUCCCGCUUUCUGACUGA